AAAGAGAGGGAAAAAAGACCCUAGAAAUGGCGGCCACUGAAGCGCGCCAGAGUGACACAGAAAACCCUAGAAUAGAUACAGGAAACCCAAUCAUCAUGGAUGAGAAGAAUGGAGAAAGUGGAAACCCUAAGAUAAUGGACGCCAUUGAUGAUGAUCACAAGUUUUAUCUUCAAAUUGAGGCAGACGAAGAACCAUUAAGUCUCAGAUCUGAUACUAUCCAAGCCCUAAAGGAGUUUCUAUUGGAGCAACAGAAGCUUCAACAAGAAGAAAAAGAGGAAUACAAUAAUGGUGUCGAUUUAGUGGAUGAGGACUGGAGGCUGAGCCAGUUCUGGUAUGAUGAAGAGACAGCUGAAACAGUAGUCAGCGAGCUGAGACAUUUGAGCCUACUGACUUCAUCUCCGGUUGUUUGCAUUUCAUGUCCAACUAUCUAUGUCUAUCUCAAGAAAAUUCAACCAAAUAUCAAUGUGAAGCUCCUCGAGUAUGACAAGCGGUUUGAGCAGUAUGGCAGUGAUUUUACAUUCUAUGACUAUAAUCAGCCUGAAAAUUUGCCACCAGAAUUAGAGCAUGCUUAUCAAAUUGUUGUUGCAGACCCUCCUUACCUGAGUAAGGAAUGCCUGGAGAAAGUUGCACAAACCAUAUCAUAUCUCAAACAGCAUGAACAAUCCUACUUGCUCCUGCUAACAGGUGAGGUGCAGAAGGAGCUGGCAGGAGACCUCAUAAACCUCUAUCCAUGUGGUUUCAGGCCCAAGCACUCUAGCAAAUUGGGGAAUGAAUUUAUGCUCUUUACUAGCUACAAUCCGGAGGAAAGAUUAGGUGGAUGGGCGAGAACCAAAAUGUGAUGAUAUCUCUACUUGUGUUGCAAUUUUAGGUCCAGGAUGCAUGGUGCAAUCUCUGCUCUUCUUCCAUGUCUUUUGCUGCUUUCGUAUGUUUUAUGGCAUGUACUCUAUUAAUGAAUGGUGAAGAAUGGAAAUUGAGAACCGAAUCGAAGGACAACUACUUGGAUGCAGACCACAUGGAUGUCAUUGACCUUCUUCACUCCAGUAUUGCCCAUUGCUUUGUAAAUAUGGGUUCUUAUGUAUGCUUGUGUUGAGAGAAAGAUUCUCUGAUAUUUGAUGUGUCGUCUCUAAUGUGAUUGUCAUGGUAUUUGAAGGGUGUAUGUUAGUUCUUUCUUUGAAAGGGAAAUGAUAAUCUUUUGGGUAUCUAAGAUAAUUAGUGAAAAGAUGGGGUGGAGAGAGAGAGAGAUAGAGAUAGAGAGAUUUCUUAGGAUGAUCUUUGAUGUAUAAUUUCUAAUGCAGAUUUAUAGUCAUGGCAUUUCAAGGGUGUAUUUAUAAUCA